AGAGAAAACAUACACAAACAAAAAACAUAAAAUAAUAUAAAAAAAAUAAAUUGAAUAGAAUAGCAGACUCAGACUCGUCGUUGCACUUGCAGACCUGUCUAAACCAAUUAUUAAAGGCUCUAAAAACACCCGUUAUUUUCUCUACUCUUUCUCUUCUUUAUUGUACUAUCUUUUCUGCUCUCUGGCUCUUCAUUUUUCUGGGUUUCCUGCUGUUGAACAUCUUCUUCAUGAUUCUUUCAGUUUCACAUUCGCUCUUUACAAUUUGCAAGGAUGCAGCUGGAGUCGCCGGGAACAUCUUGGCUUUUGGGCUGUUUGUGUCCCCUUUGCACACGUUUAGGCGAAUUAUUAGAAACAGUUCAACCGAACAGUUCUCAGGGUUGCCAUACAUUUACGCCCUAUUGAACUGCUUGAUCUGCAUGUGGUAUGGAACUCCAAUCGUAUCUCCAGAGAAUACUUUAAUUUUGACAGUUAAUUCAGUUGGUGCAGUUUUCCAACUAGUCUACAUAAUCCUCUUCAUAAUAUAUGGCGAUAAGCCAACGAAGGUGAGAAUGCUUGGUUUGCUACUAGCAGUUCUUGUCCUAUUUGCUGCAGUAGUAUCUGGCAGCUUGCAGAUUGCAGACCCUUGGAUGCGGCGAAUGGCUGUUGGAUUGUUAAGUUGCGCCUCUCUUAUAUCAAUGUUCGCUUCUCCGUUGUUUAUAAUUAAUUUGGUGAUCCGGACAAAGAGUGUUGAGUACAUGCCAUUUUUACUCUCACUUUCCACCUUCCUAAUGAGCACCUCUUUCUUACUAUAUGGAAUUUUGAAUUAUGAUGCCUUCAUAUAUGUUCCAAAUGGGAUAGGAACCAUUUUGGGGAUUGUACAAUUGUUAUUGUACUCUUACUACAGUAAAUCAUCCAGAGAAGACUCCACAGAACCACUGAUAGUUUCAUAUGCAUAAAAUACAUCUUCCUAAAGAGUCUUACCUAUACAUAGUUUCAAGUGCAAUUUGCUCCUGUUGUUUUGAUCAUAUGUUUGGACAGAAAUUCUGUAUUUUUUAGACUUGGCUAUAUCGAAAUUGAUAGCCAUAAAAUCUGCAUAUUUUCGACGUGUGUAUGAGACAGAUUCAUUGGGUGCAUCUGGAAUAAGCGAUGACAAUGCUUCUGCUCAAGAACAUUUUGGCAUUUCAUCCACCACAAAUUUUUGUUGUCAACCAAACUCUUAUUCUUUUGUAUUGUAGACUUGUAAAUUUGAGAGUUUUAAGAUUUGUUAUAUGGUUUUCCCAACA